AUGCGUGUAGUGGGCUUCGGGGUUUUGUACGGUGGUAGUGGUGUAAGGUCGGCGAGGCUGUUUGCUCCUCCGGUGAAUCAGAUUGGUUGUUGUGGGACAGAACCAGUUUCAUCUCUUUGUUUCAAGACAGGUAACGAGAACAUUAUAUAUGCUUCUCAUGGAAAUGAAAUCAAGUCUUCCAAUGUUUAUAUGCUAAGUGAUGGUUCUUGGAAGCCAUUAGAGAGUUACAGUUACAACAAAUAUGAAGUAAACCAGGUGGUAUGCAAUGGAAGAUCAUCUUUUCUUGCUUCUGCAGAUGAUUCUGGUGAUGUCAAGGUCUCUAAAGUGUUUACUUUCUUCCAGUUAUCACCGGUGGACUUGAUGCAAAGCUUGUUUUGUGGGAUUUCUCAAAAGGUCGCUCGCAAAAGAUCAUAG